AUGGCACCAUCUGUACCUCCUCUAACCGUUCGCCUCUUUCGUGCUGUCCAUGUCUCCGGCUGCCCGAUUGAGGGCGAAGUCGAGCUCAAUUUGCGUGGAAUACACGAAGAAGACAUACAAGAAGUACACGUCAAGCUGCGGGGCGUCGCGCGGACGUGCAUAACGCGGGACAAGGAUGACUCCUAUCAGCACAUUCCUCUCUUCCAGGGCGACGCUUUACUCUGGCGUCGCGGCGAUGCGUACCCUCCCCCCGGCUCCGACACCCUCCGUUUUCCGUUCCGAUUCCAGCUCAAGCCCGACCUGCCUCCCUCCUUCAAAUUCGCGAGCAUAAGCAGAAAAGCAUCGAUCUUGUACGCGAUCUCCGCAGUCGGCGUGCGCCCGGGCACAUUCAACUCGAACUAUCGCGUUCGUGUACCACUCGCCAUCGUACCCGCAGAUCCCGCCGGGGUGCUCAUGCGAGAAAAACUGGACGUGAUGCGUUCAGUGGAGUCCGAAGUCGGAUGGAGGACCGAAUGGAAUGAGGCAAAGAUGCGGCGCGGGCUCUGGGGCGAGUGCUCCACUGUCCAGGUCCUCCUCUCGAUCCCGAACCUCCCGGCGUACCCGCUCCACGUGUCUAUCCCGUUCAUCAUCAAGAUCAAGUCGGUCUCCGCGCCGCUCACGCGCGCCAAGGCCGACGCCCUUCCCGCGGACAAGCCUGCGUUCCCCGCCGUGCCAGUCACUUAUGAGCAAUUGCAGUUCAAGCUCAAGAGCAAAAUGCGGAUCGAGGCGCGCACGUGCACGGAUAUGCCCACCAACGACGUCAUGGUCUUCGCGCGUGGUGCUGCAUCUGAGGCGUUCGUAGCUGACGUCCCACCGCGGGAGUGGGUCCCGCUCGAGAGUGACGGCGGCGGCGAGAAGAGUCAGUAUGCAGUAGGCCCAGAGACGAAGGGGACGUGGAUCCAGCGCGCGACCUUCCAAUCCUCAUUUCGCCUCGACUGCCCGCCCACGUUCUCGACGAAGACGGUACAGUGCGACUACGCCCUCGCGGUGCGUGUGCCAUUUCCAGGAAUGGGCAAUGACUUCCACCUCGAUAUGCCCAUCGUGAUCACAUCGGGAAUCACCUCCCCCGUUUUGCGAGAGUGGUCCGACGGGAGUAGCAUGAGCCCGCCGCUGCGCCUGCCGCCGGAGUAUUGGGACGGCAGUAGUCUCGAGUGGACCGUUAUCAAAGAUUGAAUUAGCGCACUACCACAGAGGCGUUAUUUACAUAGACCAG